AUGCAAUUUAUUAACAUAGAAUUGAGAGGAUCUAAUAUAAAUGGAAAAGGAUUUGAAAGAAUAUGUCGAUCAAUUAUUCCAGAUGCAAAAACUUUGAUUGCAUAAUGGAAUGCUAUAGGUGGAGUUGUAAGUGCAUUAUGUGAUUUAUUAAUGAAUCCAUUAUAUCAAUUAUAAUUAGUUGAUCUUAAAAAUAAUAGAAUAUAAGCAGAUCAUUAUACGAGAAUUUUUUAGAUGUUAAAAUAAAAUACAAAAUUAUAAUCAUUGAAUUUGAAAUGGAAUGAAAUUGGAGAGAAAGGAGCCUAAUAUUUAUUAGAAGGAUUAAAUGUUAACAGAAAUUUGAAAUUCUUGGAUAUAUCUUGUAAUAAGAUACCAGAAGAAUUAGCAACAUAAAUAAGAGAACGAAUAGAAUGAAAUAGAUCAUCUGAUUUAAUGGCUAAGAAUUAAAUUGGAAUUAAAGAAUCAUAAAGAAAUAUUUAUCAACCUAUAAAACAAUAACAAAAACAGCAGCAACAAUAACAAAUAUACCUGAUAGAUCAAUUAAAAAAAAUGAUGUCAUUAGAGUUGCUUAAUUAAAAGAAUAAAUAGAACAAGAAUUAAGACAAAAUAGAUUAAUGAAUGAAGAACUUACAAAUAGAAUUAAUUCAUUAAGAUAAGAAAUAUUAAGUAAAGAAUAAGAUGUUGGUAUGGCAAAAAGACAUCUAUCAUUGAAGCAGAAUACACUAAAGUUAAAAGAUAAUUUGAUGAACUUGGUAAAGCUAGUGAUUAUAGAUAAUAAGAAUUAACGAAUGAAUAUGUUGCUAAAAUAAACAUAUUUUAGCAUUAGAAAAUGA